GGUGCCAACAAGAAAGCUGAACUACUGAGAUUACAGAGAGAAGAAGAAGAAAGGAGGCGGAGAGAGGAAGAGGAAGCCAGAAUUCAAGCUGAACUAGAAGAAGCAGCAAGACUUGAAAAGGAGAGAAUUGAACAAGAGAUGAUGGCAAAGCUUGCAGCAAAAGAUCGAGAACGAAGGGAGGCUGAACUGGCAGAGCUUCAUUCACUGGAACAGAAGUUUUUGUCUGCAGAGCAGUGGAAAAUCGAUUAUAGAGCACAUGCAAAGUGGGAGCAUUACCUCAGUUGUGAUGAAAAUCCUGACCCAGCUGUACUGUGGGAAAUAAAUACUUUCAUGAGUUUAUGGCGUGAAGAUCAAAAUAAGGACAUUAAACUUGUGAUGGAGAAAGGGGAACAGGUGCUAAAUUUAAUUGAGAAGUUGCAGUUUCUUUUAUUGGAUGCACCAUCAAAUCAGAUAACAGAAAAAGAAAUAGUCCAGUACCAGGAAUCUAUUCUGGAAUUGCAGAAUCUGCUUCAGGAGAAGUACAAUGGAGCUACAGAGCACCUGCUUAAAACAGCCUGUAUGUGUGAAGAUUCUGAAACUGGAAAUAUGCAUGCAGUCAUAAAGGAUAAAAAUGUCACUUUCUGUAUCUGGGUCAACCUGAAGAAGAAAGUAAGGUUCAAAAAUCAUGUGUUUUGUGAUGCACAGCAUGGAUUUGAUCUUCCAAAGUCACUGGCUGUGAGCAGUGUUGCUGUUCGCAUAUUGCAUACUCAUUAUGAUCAUGUGUCUCCACUUUGGCUGCAGUGUCAGAGUGUGCCAAAAUUGGAAGUCUUAGAUAGCAAAGAGUUAACACAGGAUUCAAAAGACGAUGUAGAAGAACCAGGAGAAGAGGGAAACAAAGCCAAUGAAGAGCCCAGCAUACCUGCUAAAGAAGAGCCCAGCAUGCCUGCUGAAGAAACAUGGGAUAGGAGAAAGAGUGUUGUCUCAAUCCAAGAAAACAUCAGUAACAUAGCUGAUGUAAAUGAGACAGGGGAGGAAGCUGAGAAGAAAUCAGAAAUCCUGGACAUAUCAUCACUAUCACUAGUUCAGGAUCCGGUGAUGCAGGAAGAGACAAGUGAAAAAGAAGAGGCAAAACCAGAUGAAAACAUUGUUGACUUGCAGCAGUUUGUACUGGUGGGUGGUGUGUACCAUAUCAAUGCGCUGCAGGUUCCACGUCAGGUCAAACAAGUCAAGGACUGGAGUAUGGUGGAGUUACGUGAUGUUGGGUUGGAGGCAUACCCAUAUCCUUCAGAAGAGGCUGAAGAUGCCAUACAUCCACCAAUAGAGAUAACCCUUAGGCUUUCUGACAAUGUGAUGUAUUUUGCAACUCCUGUGAUAGCCCGCUGGGAUCCUGCAGGCCAGCAGUGGAGAACUGAUGACAUCAGCAACGUAACAUAUGAAACAGAAGAAAAGAGUAUCACUUUUAAGAUGGGGGCCUUUUAUACAAUAGCACUUCUUCAGGAUGCUCAUAUCAACAUGCCAUAUCAGGGAUGGGAAUUGCAACCUACUGGCACAGAUGAAGCACUACUUAUAGUUACUACAGUCUUUGCAGUGAUUCAGAUACAAAUCAAGGGUAAUCAGUGUAUGUUGUCUUCAGUAGUGGUGGAAGAGAAGGAGGUGCUUUCCCACAUCACAGGAAAAUGGAUAAGUCCACUUAACCUAAGAGAAGUUUUGAAAAAAGCUGGUGUGAAUAUUUUUCCAGGAGAGUGUUCUUACACGUACCUCUCUCUGAACAAGAAGGCACCCAUAGCAGAAGCUAAGGCCUAUCAACAGAUGGCACUGCUUGCAUCUGCUUUUGCUUUUGCCAGGAGCAAGUGGAAUCUAGAGGCUGGUCAAGAGCAAGUAGUGUUCAAGAGGCAAAUGAGACAGAAGAUGUUGCUGUUGAUACAGUACUUGGUACACAGUCUUUUGGUUUAGGGGUUCAAAGCUGCACCUUGAGUUUGUUUCUGUAUUACAUUGAUGAGUAUACAAGAACUUUAAUUUUCAUCUAGAAUUUAUACUCUGUCAGUGUCAUGGGCUUCAUCUUACAGCUCAUUUUUUUCUGCAAUAGGUAAGUGAGCAUCUUAAAGCAGAAUCUGUCAAAGACAAAGACUGGUCUCUUUAUCUAUUUAAUGGCCAGAAAGCACAAAAGCUUAAGCUCACCGAAACCAGUGAAGCUUUUUCAGAAGAGAUUGAGGAAAAUUCUGAAUUUCACUCCACAAUCUACCAUAUGCUUAAGGACUUUUCCAGCAAAGAAGCAGUAGAUAAAGUGGAAACAGCUAGCUUCCUGUUU